CGUCUCAUCGUUCACUUUCCCGAAACAAGUUCGAACAGAGAAGAGAUAACGUUGAAAAACAGAAGUAAUGGCAGCAUCGGCGACUUCAUUAUCAUUAUCUGGGAAUAAGUUCGGCCGAGUCUUUCCCAAACCAGUGAGUUCGAGCUCAUCAAGGAUCCAUGUUGUCUCUGAUCUAGGGUUCGUCUAUUCCCAGUUGAGUGGCGUCAAAAUCUCGUACGAUUCUUCUCCUAAAUUGGCCAGACCUUUGGUUGCUGCUCCAUCUUCUCCUGUUUUUCUACCUGUUGCCCGUAGAGUGUGCCCCUUCACUGGAAAGAAAGCAAACAAGGCCAACAAAGUUUCUUUCUCAAAUCAUAAAACAAAGAAGCUGCAGUUUGUGAAUCUGCAGUACAAGAAAGUUUGGUGGGAAGCUGGGAAGCGAUAUGUAAAGCUUCGCUUGUCGACUAAGGCAUUGAAGACCAUAGAGAAGAAUGGACUUGAUGCUGUUGCGAAGAAAGCUGGAAUUGACCUCUGUAAGGUGUAAGUGCUGUAUUCAAUCAUUAAUGUAGAAGUAGUGAAGAAGUGGGAAUAUGUACACUUCAUACUCAAUUCUCCGUAGGUUUUUCUUUUCUUAAAGUGUGUUUGGUUCGGGAGGAGGGGAUAGUUUUGAUAUUACUUUAUUUGGUUCAGAAGGGGAGGGAAAGAAAAAUAAUUAUAUGUGGACAAUUUUACUCUUGUUUUAUUAGUGUUGAGAUACUAGAGAAAUAUAUCUGCAUCUUUUGAACUUA